AUGAGUGAAUCUACGACGACAGGCCCCGAUUUACGACGUAGUUCGCUUCACCAGCGGAAUUUAUUGCUGAGUAUGCGAUUGAAUAAUGGAAGGGGCCGCAAAAGUUUUGGAAACUCAGCUAGAACGGCAUUGGGCUCAAGCACAAUACGGAAACCUUGGCGUAUGUCACUCUCGCAUGAACCAAAAUCGUCAGGAUCCGAAGGAAUUAUCUCUAGUCAUCGACCGAAGGAUGCGUCGACCGGCUCGAAACCAGCUUCUCCCACGGCUGGCAGAAAAUCCGCUAUCAAUACCUCAGCUGAAAUUGAGUCCACUGUGGUUCCCAAUGAAGCAACGGAACCGUUUGCAUUGAAUUAUCGAGAACUGUCGCUGGACGACUUCGAGGUAGGGAAAAAACUCGGCAAAGGCAAGUUUGGAAAAGUGUACUGCGUCAAACACAAGCCCACCGGCUUCAUCUGUGCAUUGAAAGCAAUGAAAAAAAGUGAAAUUGUCCAGUAUAACGUCGAGAAGCAGUUCAGACGCGAGGUCGAAAUCCAAUCAGCACUGAAACAUCCAAAUCUCACCAAGUUGUACGGUUAUUUCCACGAUGACAAGCGCGUAUACCUUCUGAUGGAGUACCUCGUCAAUGGGGAGCUUUACAAGCAUUUGAGGUCGCACGGUCCCUUCAACGAUAUUGUGGCUUCACAUUUUGUCUACCAAAUGGCAGAUGCCCUCGACUACAUGCACAGCAGACACAUAUUACACAGAGAUAUUAAGCCCGAGAACAUUCUACUUGGGUUUCAAAAUACGUUGAAGCUCACGGAUUUUGGGUGGAGUGUAACUAACGUGGGCAGCGCCAAGAGGAAGACAUUGUGCGGAACAAUGGAUUACCUGUCUCCCGAGCUAAUCAAGUUUCGCGAAUACGACAAUAAAGCAGAUGUUUGGGCGCUGGGCGUCUUAGCAUUUGAGCUUUUAGUCGGAAACCCUCCUUUCGAGGAAAGCUCAAAGGAGCUUACUUACAGACGUAUACUGAAACGAGAUCUUCGUUUUCCAAAUCAUGUAUCAACACAAGCUCGAGAUCUGAUCAGUCGGCUUUUAGCAUUCGAGCCAAACGCAAGAAUACCACUGAGUGAUGUUAAACAUCACCCCUGGAUAGAAAAAAAUCGCCCAUUUUGGUGA